AUGAGUAGCUCUUGGGACAGAUUUACUGUGUUCGUGCGAGGCGUCCCAAACCAGUACAUAGAUGAUAGGUCGCUGAAAGAUAACUUCUAUAGGGGUCAAGAUGAUAACAACAAAGCAGUGCUCGAUACUAUUGCAGGUGGCUCCUAUGGAGAAUCUACCAACAACCCAACUGCAGAUGAGAUUUCUGAAGAGAUGGCGCAGAUGAGAACUGAGCUAGGUUUGGUCUUGAAACAUGUGAGCGGAGUUGCAGAGGAGCUUUCCAUCAAUGUCCCUUCGGUAGAAGCUUUGGAACAUAUGCCCAAUUAUGCUAAGUUUGUGAAGGAUAUGGUGACUAAGAAGAGAUCAGUGAGUUUUGAGUAUGAUGACAGAAUGCAACAUUGUAGUGCUAUUGCUACAAGGUCCAUGAAGCAGAGUGGUGAGAUUCAAAUGGUAUCUGCUUUAUCCUAUAGGAUUGAGAGUGUAUCUAAGGUGCAAAUUGAAGAGCGACUAGGUGUCGAGGCACUAGCAACAAUUAUCAUGAAUUUCAACAGUUAUGGUAUUGAAGAAUAUGGAUCUUUGGUGGCUACACUUGAACGAAACAAAUAUCAAUCAAAGUCGAAGAAAUUGGAGCUUGAUAUGAAGCAUCACAAUCCUAUUCGAUCCGUGCCUAAAAAGUGUAGGAUGACAGUGGUACCUAAUGAGAGGAACGAGCUUGUUCGAAAGGGUAGUGAGAAUCAAGUUGCCAACUACUUGUCUAGAUUGGAGGAUGAAGUUGACUACGUGUCAAAAUGGGUGGAAGCAAUUGCGCUUCCCAACAAUGAUGGAAAGAGUGUCAUCACAUUCUUGAAAAAUAACAUCUUCUCCAGAUUUGGCACACCUAGGGCCAUUUUUAGUGAUGGUGGCUCUCACUUCCAUAAUAAAUUGUUAAAAUGGAUGUUGGAGAAAUAUUGUGUUCGCCAUAAUAUGGCUACUCCUUUCCAUCCACAGACUAGUGGGCAAGUUGAGUUGUCCAAUCGCGAGAUCAAGCAAAUUCUGGCAGAAACGGUGAAUGCUAAUAAAACAUAUUGGUCAAGGUGUCUUGAUUAUUCUCUUUAG